AUGCCUUCACAGACUUCUAAUCUUUACUUCCUCACCCUGGCCCUCGCCGCCACAACCUCAGCCAUCGCUAUUCCGGCUAAGAUGACUCCCACAUCAACCAUCGGCUCAGUCAUAACAAGCCCCUCUCCCAUACCAACUGAAGUUACAAACUGGAAAUGGGUCAUCGGCUUGUCUGACUACGUCGAGUCGACAAUCAAGGAGGAGGAAGACAGUUCCGACAUCAAAGAGGACGAGAACGCCUCUGUUACAGUACCCACCGUCCCCGAGACUUUCAGCACGGUGACUCCUUCAGCUCCCAGCAGUGCCGCCAUCGUCACCCCCACACUCACCCUCACCCCCGAGACCUCAGCCAAGGCCGUCCCAACAGAGGAUGCUAUGGCCUGGAACUGGGCCCUCCCCGCCCUCCAGCUAAUCGAGGCCCGCGAGCUCGGAGACUCCACCACCUUUGCCAACCGCCGUACAGGUUCUGGAACCGACAAGGUGGACAAGUCCUACGUCGUAGAGGAUAAGAAGAAUGAGCAAGAUCCCAAGCCCCGUCUCGAUGAGGUCGCAAAGGAGAUCAUCGGACAAUUCAAACCCCCUUCCCUGCCGCUGCAGACCGACGGCCCCAACAAAGUCGAACCCUCCAAGAAGAAGGCCGAGUCCACCAUCCUCACCGAGACCCGUCUCUUCAAGACCGUGGCAACCCCGGCUAUCAAGGCUCGGGCUCCCAGCAGCAUGACCAUGGAGAUUGAGCCUACGCCUACCAAAAAGGCCAAAGCCGACUUCACGAUUCAGACGGAUAUGAGGCUGCAUCCAACCGUUACAGCUCCGACAGCAACGGCUCAGGAAUCUAAAGCCACAGCCAUGAUGGAGGGUUAA